CGCGCGCGUGUUAAUGCGUCUUAAUUUUGCUCUCUAAUCAUUUCAAUUAUAAAAAAAUUGUGGAAAAUGACGACAGAAACGGCAAGUUGUUACAUAUUCAAAGAAGAUAAAUCAGCACCAUCGAUUUUUUUGCCAGACAAGGAGGAAAUAUUCGUAGGGCGCAGUCCCGAAACGAAGAUCACUGACACACAUUGUUCAAGGCGCCAAGUUAGACUCUACGCGAAUUAUGCGGACCAGAAAGUUAUAGUGCAGCAAGUAGGGAUCCAUCCGAGUGGAUUGAAUGGUUACAAAACCGAAAAGGACGUAAAAAUCAUAGCCCAACACGGCGAUACUUUGGAAAUUUUAUACGGAAAAUAUCCUUACCAAGUAGAAUUUAAUCCACCUCCCACACGAGCAAUUGGAACAGGAAAGCCGGAAAAAAGACUUCGCUUAGCAGAUUCAGACGGUGAAGAGAGUAAAGAUAAAAAGUUGAAAAAGGAGUUUGAUUUUGAUAGCGACGAGGACAGUUUUCAUAUUGAUUUGCCGGAAAGUUGUCCGGACAGUGAGGGAGACAUUUUAUCUAGGCUUGAUAAAGAUUUAAAAAUGGAUGACUCUGGAAAGGGAACAGAAUCGAAAAUAUUGUCUGAAUCUAGUAAGAAUUCAGAACCAACAGACGCAGAUAAGUGGGAAGAAUCUGGCAAAGGGUCUUGCUUAGUUUUUACCAGUAAGGGUGUCCAAGGUAGAUCAAAAAUAGCUGCAUAUGAUAUGGACAAGACUCUCAUAAAAACUCAAUCGGGACGACAAUUUCCUCAAGAUGCUAAUGAUUGGCAAUUAUGGCACCCAGAAGUUCCUGGGAAAUUAAAAAAAUUGCAUGCAGAUGGUUACAAAAUUGUAAUAUUUACGAAUCAGGCUAGCCUAGGCACGGGUAAAGUAAAACCGAGCGACUUUAAGUUGAAGAUUGAAAGGAUUGUUAAAAAGAUCGGUAUUCCCAUACAGGUAUUUAUUGCUGUUGGAUACAGUAAAUUUCGAAAGCCGUGUACUGGAAUGUGGGAUCUUUUGGUGCAAGAAAAAAAUGAUGGAGUGGCAAUUAAAAAAGAACAGUGUCUAUAUGUUGGUGACGCGGCUGGUCGUCCGGAACAAAAGGAAUCGAAAAGGAAGAAAGAUCAUUCCUUGGCUGACAGAUUAUUAGCUAUAAAUGUAGGACUGGAUUUUUACACUCCAGAGGAACACUUUCUUGGGCAUAAGGUUGCAAAAUACAAUCCACCGGCUUUUCAUCCGAAAGACGAGGUGAACAAAAAGACUCAUAUCACCGAUCCGCCAAAUGCAGAAGUCACCAAACAGGAGCAAGAGGUUAUUGUUAUGGUCGGAAGCCCUGGAUCGGGAAAGUCACAUUUUGCCAAAACUUAUCUGACUGGUUAUCAUUACGUUAACCGAGACACGUUGGGUAGUUGGCAAAAAUGUGUGGCUGAAACAGAAAAAGCUUUGGUUUUAGGAAAAAGCGUGGUUGUUGAUAACACUAAUCCGGACGAAAUUUCGAGAUUGAGGUAUAUUGAAGUGGGCAAGAAACACAAUGUUCCAGUGAGAUGUUUCGUCAUGGCGAUGACUAAAGAACACACCAAACAUAAUAAUAAGUUCCGAUGCCUGACGGAUCCAAAUCACCAGAAGAUCAGCGACAUGAUUCUACACUCUUACGCCAAUGUCGAGUCGCAGCUGAUCUGGCGUUGUCUAAGAUUCGUGAAGCUUCUGCUCCUACUGUGUCUUCAGUUGUGCACCUUCUUCUUCACAAAUCCUCAACCUUACAGAAAGUCCUACAAAAUGCCGAAUCUAGAGGAAGGUUUCGCCGAAAUCGUGAAAGUCAACUUUGUUCCCAAGUUCGAGACGGAAGAGGCUCGGAAACUUUAUGAAAUGUAUCUACUCGAAGAGUAAAGAUGAAUGAUCAAAGAACGACUACCAAGUCAACGAGUUUUGUAUUAUUUAAAUUCAAUUUAUUAGAAAUUAGCGAUAUUUUUGCAUUAAUUAUAAUUGUAGAAAUUAAGAAGAGGGCAUUCCAGUUAAUUUUUGCUUCUUCCCAUGAUGAUAGUUGGAAAGUGACUUGAAAAUAAAAUUGUUAUUAAUUUAUGAUCAAAUUCUAAAUCGAAAUUUGAUUACUUGUAGAGGAGUAUCAAACAGUGAUGUUAGUUUAAGCUU